GACCAGACGGAUUUUUUGGGCCAGAGCGCGACGUCCUAGGCGCGCGCCCCCGCCAUCCGAAUUGACUAUAACUAUCUCAUUCAGAACCGCGACGCUGCGACGCGCGUGCGCUUGCGACAGCCAUUUCUCACCGGCGUCGAGACACCAGCAGCACAUAUAACUAAAAGACGACCAUGCGCAGCGCAAGAGCCAUGGCCCGCCGGGCGCGCGGUGCAGGCCGCUCCAAGCCCAAGAGCUCCGACGCGACGCGGUCCACUCUUUUCGACGCCGAUCCGACGCUGGCGCAGCGCCCCCAAGCGCAGUCGCCGCUGUCCAGCGUGCGCAUGGGCCGCACCGAGCCGUCGGUCUUCGCCGAGUUCAGCGAACUUUCGGAUAAGUUUAAUGCGGUCAACCUGGGCCAGGGCUUUCCCGACUACGCAAUGCCCGAUUUCGUCAAGGAGGCGGCCGUCGAGGCCAUCCGGGCGGACUACAACCAGUACAGCCGGCCGGCGGGCCACGCGCGGCUGGUCGAGAAGCUCGCGUCGCGGUACUCGCCGCGGUUUGGGAGGAGUAUAGAUGCGUAUACGGAGAUCGGGGUCGUCGGCGGCGCGACGAACGCGAUUUUUAGCGCUUUGGUGGCGCUGGUCGACCCCGACGACGAGGUCGUCUGCGUGGAGCCCUACUUCGACGCGCCGAAGAUCGCCGCGGACCUGAUGGGGGCGACGACGAUCGGCGUGCCGCUGCGCGCGGACUGGGCCGAGACGGCCGCGGACUGGAAAUUGGACCUAGAUGAAUUAGAUGAUGCUUUAACGGAGCGAACAAAAUUACUAGUACUAAACACGCCGCACAACCCGACGGGCAAGGUCUUUUCGCGGGAGGAGCUCGAGGGCAUCGCCGAGGUCGUGAAGCGGUAUCCCCGGUUACUCGUGUUGAGCGAUGAAGUAUAUGAGGGCAUGGUGUACGAUGGUCUAAGGCACCACCACGUCGGCGCCGUCGAGGGCAUGUUCGAGCGCACGAUCUCGGUCUUUAGCGUCGGCAAGACGUUCUCGGCCACGGGCUGGCGCGUGGGCUACGCCGUCGGGCCCGAGCCGCUCAUCGCGCCGCUGGUGCGGGUCCACCAGGCCUCGAACUUCUCGACGCCGACGCCGCUGCAGAUCGCCUCGGCCAUCGCCUUCGACAAGGCCGAGGAGUUCGGCUACUUCGAGGACCUGACCGCAACCCUACAAGCGAAGCGCGACAAACUUUGUCGAUUAUUGCGGACGGCGGGCCUCUCGCCGAUAACGCCCCAGGGCGGCUACUUCCUGCUGGCGGACACGACCAAAAUCGGCAUCCCCACGGAGUUCCCGCUCUGGGAGGCGCCCGAGGACCUGCCGCUGCGGGACCGGCGGGACUUCGCCGUCUGCCGCCAGCUCUGCGAGCGCGCCGGCGUGACGGCCAUCCCGGCGUCGGCCUUCUUCUCCUUCGGCCACCGCCACAUCACGGACUCGCUCGCGCGCUUCUGCUUCUCGAAGAAGGACGACACGCUCAACGAGGCCUUCCGCCGCAUCGUCCACUCGGGGCUCAACGCGACGUGGGUCUGAGAGCUCGCCCCCUCUUGUCUAAUACUCCGUGCCGC